UUGCUGUCGAGUGCCGCUGUCACUGAUAACAAAGUACAAAAGUACCUGCCGGUGGCCUUUGCGUAACCAAUAACCUCAAAAAAUCGUAGAGAUUUUCUCGAGAUAGGAUAACGUGCUGGCGUUUUGUUCCUCUUCAGAUAUGUAUAUGUAUCUUUUUUGUUCUUAGUGAAAAGUGAACCGUGAUGGCCUCUACACCUGCUUCUCAGCCUUCUCCUAAAAAAACAGUAGCCUCUCAGGUGCCUUUUGCAGAUCUAUGCUGUACUCUUGAGCGAAUGCAGACAUGUAAAUCUCGGCCAGAGAAAACCAAGUAUUUCAAGGAGUUCCUGGAUUCCUGGAGGAGGUUCCAUGAUGCCCUUCAUCAAAAGGAGAAAGAUGUCACAGAUUCUUUUCACCCAGCAAUGCGACUUAUUCUUCCGCAAUUGGAAAGAGAAAGGAUGGCAUAUGGAAUUAAAGAAACUAUGCUUGCAAAACUGUAUAUUGAACUGCUUAAUUUACCAAAAGAUGGGAAAGAUGCCGCAAAGCUUUUACAUUACAGAACACCUGCUGGCUCACGUGGAGAUGCUGGAGAUUUUGCAAUGAUUGCGUACUUUGUGCUAAAGCCUAGGUGCCCAAAACAAGGCAGACUGACAAUAGAACAGGUCAAUGAACUUUUAGAUGCAAUAGCUAAUAAUAAUGCUGCCAAAAACAAGGGUCUGUUAAAGAAAAGCCUCCUUCAGUUAAUUACUCAGAGCUCAGCACUUGAACAAAAAUGGCUUAUCCGGAUGAUUAUAAAGGAUCUGAAACUUGGUGUUAGUCAGCAAACUAUAUUUUCCAUUUUUCAUCCUGAUGCUGCUGAAUUAUACAAUGUCACAACUGAUUUGGAAAAAGUUUGUAGACAACUGCAUGAUCCCACUGUCUCGCUUAGUGAUGUUUCUAUCAUGUUAUUUUCUGCCUUUAAACCAAUGCUUGCUGCUAUUGCUGAUGUCCAGCAAAUUGAGAAACAAAUGAAUAAUCAUAUAUUCUACAUAGAAACUAAACUGGAUGGUGAGCGUAUGCAGAUGCACAAAGAUGGAGAUGUAUAUAAAUAUUUUUCCAGAAAUGGGUAUGACUAUACUCAGCAGUUUGGUUCUUCACCCCUUGAAGGUUCGUUGACUCCAUUUAUUCAUAAAGCAUUUAAAAACAAUGUACAAAAUUGCAUUCUUGAUGGUGAAAUGAUGGCUUACAAUCCUGAAACACAAACAUUCAUGCAAAAAGGAAACAAAUUUGACAUAAAAAGAAUGGUGGAAGAAUCUGAUCUGCAGACCUGCUACUGUGUGUUUGAUGUAUUAAUGCUUAAUGAUCAGAAGUUGGGCCAUGAAGCACUAAGCAAAAGAUACGAGAUCCUAAGUGACGUAUUUACCCCAGUAACAGGCAGAAUGCAUGCUGUACAUAAAACAAGCGCCAGAACUAGAAAAGAAGUAAUUGAUGCUUUAAAUGAAGCAAUAGAUAACAGAGAGGAAGGAAUUAUGGUGAAAGAUCCCAUGUCCACUUACAAGCCUGACAAACGUGGGGAAGGCUGGUUAAAAAUCAAGCCAGAAUACGUCACUGGGCUGAUGGAUGAGCUAGACCUUUUGAUUGUUGGUGGUUACUGGGGAAAGGGGUCACGUGGUGGAAUGAUGUCUCAUUUUUUGUGCGCUAUUGCGGAGACUCCACCUCCAAAUGAAAAACCUAGUAUUUUCCACUCGAUUUGUCGUGUUGGCUCUGGUUAUACUAUGAAGGAAUUGUAUGAUUUAGGUUUGAAACUGGCUAAACACUGGAAGCCCUACCAUAGGAAGGACCCUCCAUGCAACAUUUUGUGUGGAACUGAAAAACCUGAAGUGUACAUUGAACCUUGUAACUCUGUAAUAGUUCAGAUUAAGGCAGCUGAGAUUGUUAACAGUGAUAUGUAUAAAACUGACUGUACUUUGAGAUUCCCCCGAAUUGAGAAAAUAAGAGAGGACAAGGAAUGGUAUGAAUGCAUGACUUCAGACAUGUUAGAACAUCUCAGAAGCAAAGCGGAAGGAAAGCUGGCCUCUAAGCACCUUCCAAUAGAUGAUGAUGAUGAGCCACAAGAGAAAAAAAAGAAAACUGUACCUAAGGUGAAGAAGAUAAUUGGAAUAGCUGAGCAGUUUAAAGCCCCUGAUCUUUCUAAUAUAAACAAAGUUUCAAAUGUAUUUGAAGAUGUUGAAUUCUGUGUUAUGACAGGAACAGGAAGAUACUCGAAGUCUGAAUUAGAAAGCAAAAUAGCUGAAUGUGGUGGCAGUGUGGUACAGAACCCUGGACCAGACACGUACUGUGUCAUUGUAGGAACUGAGAAUGUCAGAGUGAAAAACAUCAUUGCUUCCAACAAGUAUGAUGUGGUGAAGGCAGAGUGGCUUCUCCAGUGUUUUCAAACCAAAAUGCUUGUACCUUGGCAGCCUGCCUUUAUGAUUCACAUGUGUCCUGACACAAAAGAACAUUUUGCUCGUGAGUAUGACUCUUAUGGAGACAGCUAUACAGCAGAUACAGAUGUUGCACAACUAAAGGAAGUGUUCUCAAGAAUGAAAGAUAAUAGUAAGAUGAUGCCAUUGGACAUGAUUGCUGUAUUAGAAGAACGUUAUUCAUGGAACAGCUGCCAGCUCAGUAUGUUCAGAGGAAACACUAUUUAUGUGGACUGUUACGUUGUUGUUAAUGAGCCUAGAACAAAAAUCCAUGGAACAAGAUUAUCAGUUAGAGCUUUGGAGCUCCGAUUUUAUGGUGCAAAAGUAGUCCCUCACCUAGAAGAGGGUGUGUCCCAUGUCAUUAUAGGAGAAGAUCACUCCCGGGUAAAAGAGAUGAAAGCACUGAGGAGAACAUUUGGUAAAAAAUUUAAAAUUGUGUCUGAGCUGUGGGUAACUGAUUCAGUGGAGGAAGGAUUCCCAAAGAAUGAAAAUCAAUACUUAAUUUAAAGUAACUUUGAAGCCAGAAGCAAAAACGCUCUUGUUGACAAGAUUACGCUUGGACAUUACGGAGUUAUGUUGAGUUUUCUGAAUCUUCUAUUGUCUGGUUAAACCUGAAAGAGUAACAGUAUCUUGUAGAAACUAGAGGAAGGCUGUUAGUGGCACUGCUGUGGAAGAAAGAGGAGGCGGCUGUGCUAUGUGGGAGGGAGGAAACAUAAGAUAACCUAAGCCUUUUACUUCACAGACAAGUCUAAGGAGAAAUGUAUUCUUCUAGGUAAGGCAAUUCUUAGCCAUUAAUGGUGCCUGCCUCCAUUGUUCAAAAUGGAGUCAAUUAAUUACCAUUUUAAGGAAAUUCUACUAUUUAACGUAUUGCUUAUUUAUAACUAUAUAAUCACGUUCAUGUUGUUAUUAGAAAUAAACUAGUUGUUCUAUGUAUACUUUAUGUGCUACAGAUUUUGCUAAUUUAUAAACCUUCUCUGUACUGUUUUAAUUUGUUUACAUAAUUUUUAGCAUUGAGCCUCCACGCGGUCUGAGUAGCGCUUCCGUUUCAGGAUAUUACAUUAAUCCCAUGUUUCUUGGUAUAAAAACCAUUGUAAAAUAGAACCUAAAUUUCUGAGUGAAGUGUUAAUGAAUUAAUAGUUACCUAUAUGUUUGUAAAAUGCACAGUAAUUACUUAAAAAGUGUAAUUACUUCCUCUCCCCAUUACAGUUAAAGUCAAACCAUCAGUGUGACAGAGCUAAUUUUUUUACGCUCAAUUUUCAGUUUAUCUUUCUAAAAAUGUUUCAUAAGCUAUUUCAGUAAUGUGUGAGAUUAAUUUCCAAACAGUUCCGUUUUAAAAAAAUAUUAAAUAAAAUGUGUUUUUAAAGUCUGCCUGGUAUGUUGUUUUAGGGAGAGGUAACUCUUUGAAAAACAUGAAACACGUAGUUUCUGAUUUUACUCCAUUAAAUAAUUUAUGCGUUAACUUUGAGGGGAGAAAGAUUCAGGCCUGAGUUCUUGUUAAAGAAGUCAAUGCAGGUGUCGAACAGAACUGCUUUUGGGGUGAUCAAAUAGAACCAGGUUUUGAAUGAGCUGUUUGUUCAGUGGUUUUUUUUUUUUUUUUUGUGAUUGUGUUCAUGUAAAAAAUUAUUUUAAAAAGGAUCAGGAAAUAUUGUAUGAAAGGCUGAAUGGAAGAACAUUUAUUCUUAUCCGCUAUAGUAAGUAUAGGAGCUCCUGUACUUUCCAAGAUAUUAUAAAAGGUAACCACAUAACCACUUUUCUUAAGUUACCAUAUGAUUUGCUAAAAAAGCAGAAUGUUCAUUCUUUGUUUUUCUAUACUUAAGAUAGUAAAUACCGAAAGAUAGUACAUGAUUUUUUUUCCUUAAGUAGAAAGCUACUGUGUGUGAAAUGUACUCUUAAAGCUUCAGUCUUAGUAUUCCUUGCCAUGCAAUCUAAGUUGCUAGUCUUCCUCCAUCUAAUGGCCUAUUUUCCAAUUUAUAAAUAGAAAUUGGGCAGAGUUUGUCUUUAUACCCACAUAGAUUUCUUAAACAGAUUUUAGUAAAACAUGUAUUUUAAGUGAUCAUGGUCAGGAAGGUUAAGAGACAGCAAUGCAAAUAGGAUUUACAGCUGACUGUUGAGACAAUGCAAAGUAUCUCACCUCAAAUGUAAUUUACAAAAAUGCAUAUAAGUCUUAUAUACAGGGGAACCUAGAACUAAGUAUUUAUCAGCAAAAUUGUUAUUCUUCAGUGACCCAUUAACCGCAAUGUAUUAAGAUGUCUUUUUUAAUAGAAAAUUUUAAAAAAUUGAGGUUAGACUAUGGAUAUUUGGAUGAAACUGGACCCUGCUAUUGUUAAAAUAUGUGUCUAAAAUAUAAGCCAGGGACAGGAGAACCAUUAACAUUCUAGGCUAAGUGAUUCUCAUAGCAAAACAGUAGUUACAGGAAAAGAUCCAGAAGUUCAGGGAUCUGCUUAUUUUCAAGGGAACUCUGAUAUGUACUGAAGGAACAAAAGAAGGCUAGAAAUGAUUCAAA